AUGGAUUCAUUCCCUCCUCGUCAACUUUACUAUGGCGGUAAGGUGCAAGCCGCCUCAUCGGGAAAAACCUUCCAAACUAUGAAUCCCGCCACUGCCACCCCUCUAGCCGAUAUCCAAAUCGCUUCUAAUGCCGAUACCGAUGCUGCCAUUGCCUCGGCAGAGCGAGCUUUCCCUGCUUGGUCGCAGAUGCCUGCAAUUGCUCGCGCUCGCAUUCUACAGAAAGCCGCGAACUUGCUCCGUGAGAAAAAUGAUGAGAUCGCGCGCGUCGAGACCUUGGAUUCCGGCAAGGCGUACACAGAGACCAGCACAGUGGAUGUGGUGACUGGAGCUGAUGUAUUGGAGUACUAUGCUAAUUUCAUUGGUGGUGGUGGAUUGAACGGAGAGACUACCCAGUUGCGAGAGGAUGCGUGGGUGUAUACCAAGAAAGCUCCAUUGGGUGUUUGUGCAGGCAUUGGAGCUUGGAACUAUCCUAUUCAGAUUGCUUUGUGGAAGUCCGCCGCGUGCCUUGCUGCCGGUAACACCAUGGUGUACAAGCCUAGUGAAUUCACCCCCCUGCACGGUCUGACCCUUGCCGAAAUCUAUACCGAGGCUGGAAUCCCCGAUGGAGUCUUUAAUGUUAUCAACGGCGCUGGCGACGUUGGUGCAUACUUGACAAGCCACCCAAUCAUCGCCAAGGUCUCAUUCACCGGACAAGUCUCGACCGGUAUGAAGGUUGCUGGUGCAGCCAGCGGUCACAUGAAAUAUGUGACCAUGGAGCUGGGCGGAAAGAGUCCUCUGAUCGUCUGCCCGGAUGCCGAUCUCGAGAGCGCCGUCGAUGGAGCUAUGAUGGCCAACUUUUACAGCACCGGUCAGGUCUGCACAAACGGUACUCGGGUAUUCGUUCCCCGAUCCAUGAAGGCUGCGUUUGAGAAGCGUCUGUUGGAGAAGAUUCCAUUUGUGCGGGCUGGACCCCUCUUCGAUGAACAGACCAACUUUGGACCUUUAAGCUCGGCCCUUCACCGCGAGAAGGUCGUUUCUUAUAUUCGUCACGGUAUCGAGAAUGACCGUGCUACCCUUCUCUGCGGUGGUCCUGAGAAGCCUGAUGUUCCUCAAGACCUUCAGGCUGGAUACUGGGUCAAGCCAACUAUCUUCACUGAUUGCAAUGACUCAAUGAGCAUUGUGAAGGAGGAGAUCUUCGGACCUGUCAUGUCCUUACUAUACUACGAUACUGUUGAGGAGGCUGUGAAACGCGCCAACAACACUGAACUGGGUCUGGCCGCUGGAGUCUUCACCAAGGAUCUGAACCAGGCUCAUCGCAUUAUUGACCAGCUUCAAGCUGGUAUUACUUGGAUUAACACAUGGGGAGAGAGCCCAGCUGAGAUGGCUGUUGGUGGUUGGAAGAAGAGCGGUCUGGGUGUGGAGAAUGGUCGUCGCGGUAUUGAGGCUUGGCUGCAGAAUAAGAGCACUUUGGUGGAUAUGAGUGGUGCCGUUGCGACAGUCUUCGCCAAGCUGUGA